AUGUCGGUGACCUGGUCCUCAGCCGACUUGGGGACACUCGUGCCAGGCGAUCCACCAGUCACGUUGCGCUACUUUGACACCCAUCCCCUGCCAUCCAAUCAAGACGAAUCCACAGCGAUCAUAGCCCUGCACGGGUUGGGUUGGAACUCCAAGAUCUUCCUCCCCUGGCUCUCUCAUGCACCCCGGGACCUUCGCGUGCUUGGCGUGAAUAGGAGGGGAUACGAAGGUUCCUCCCCGCCCCAUCCACAGCCGGGCACGUUUGGAAGGGAGCUGAUCGCCUUGCUGGCUUUUGUACGGUCGAAAGGCACUGCUCCCCUCGUCUCGCUCCUUUCCCAUCUCUCCCCUUCCCAGCUUGGCAAACCCUCCCCCUCCCUCCCAGUCCCCUUCCAGCCGUACCUCCCCUCUCUCUCCCUCCUGCGGAGCAUGAUCCUCUUCGAGCCUCCUCAGGUGCUCGUCGGUCUCCCCGGGCCGGCGUCCUAUCCCGGCCUGGGGGAUAUCCAGCCCUCAGAGAUGGGACCCGCGUUUGCCGCUUGGCACCGCGCGCGGCUCCCUCAGGACAGGCUCGGGGUGGUGGAUGCCGCAUCAGACGGUGCGUUCUGGGAUGAAGAUAUGGGAGCUUGGUAUGCGGCCGAAGCGGAGAGAGGGGAGUAG